CGAGGGAAAUUAGGUUGCUACGUGAGAAGAGGGCAGCGAAGUGUAAAGUUAGAAAAUAAUUUUAUUUCGUGUAAACGCGUUCUUUUGAAGUAAUAGCACGGGCUGGGACAUUUAACCUGGUCAAUGUAGGUCACUUUAGCAAGUAAGCUGUAACUGCACUCUGUAAGCGCAUGUGUUUUGUUUUUAGUAACGUUAGUGCACAUAAUAAGGAGGCUAACGUUAGCCAGCUAGCCAAGUGUCGUUAACUCACCACAAGUUUAGUGUAAACUAAAAUAGCUUCCACGUUUAGAGCUAAGUUGUACUUUAAAAGAAGCCAUUUAAUCUUGUGUUUUGUUCACGUAACAAAAAGAGAAAAGAGACGUUUGCUGAAACAUAGUGUUGUUAGCAGCCGUUGGGAAUGUCACUUCCACAUGUACGCAGGAGUCAUGAAGGGUCAACCAACAUAUCAGACAGCGAUUCGGAGGACGAGCCCAAGCUCCCCCUCAACCAGUUCUAUCCAUAUAUCCGCUGUGCCCUUUGCUGCGGCUUCCUCAUCGAUGCCACCACCAUCACAGAAUGCCUGCACACAUUUUGCAAAAGCUGCAUCGUAAAGCACUUUUUCUACAGCAACAGGUGUCCCACAUGCAGCAUUGUAGUCCACCAGACACAACCACUUUACAACAUCAGGCCUGAUAGACAACUGCAGGAUAUUGUUUACAAGAUGGUUCCCUUCCUUGAAGAGUUGGAAAGAGAACAAAUGUGUAACUUCUACAAAUCGAGAGGGCUGGAGAUGCCAAAAACAGUGGUGGUCUCCCCACCGGGUCCUGUUGUUUUGAGGAGACAGAAGAAGGAUAACAUUUCCCAGUCUGUGUUCACUAUUCCUCCUGAGCUGGAUGUGUCUCUGCUUCUUGAGUUUGUCGGGGCUGAGGAGGGCAUCAAUAACUAUAAGCCAUUAGAGAGGCCAUACGUUCGUGUGUCAGGUGAGGCGACUGUACGCCACUUAGAGCUAUUCAUCAGGAGGAAGAUGGAGCUGAGCCCAACCUGCCAGGUGGAUGUGGUGUGCGGAGAUCACCUCCUAGAUCACUACCAGUCACUCAAAGACAUACAGAACUCUGUGGGUGAAGAGGCACUACAGGAUGGUCUGUUGGUGCUUCACUUUGGCUUGGUCCUGCCCUCCCAGUCUUGAGCGCAAGGGGUGGAUGUACUUAAUUCUUGCAGGGAUGAAUUGGUCUUUGUUCUUUGUGUCUCUUCAUUAGACCCUUGUCACAAAAUGAAGUAAAGUUCCCGUGUUGGCAUUAUAACUGCUCCGCAUGUCUUGGACUGUCACUCUACUUACAAAAGAUUUGAUAAAGCUUGAAAAUUAAAUGUAACUACAAAGUGCUGCGGGUUGCAGAAGAGACAGUCCAAGAUCUCUAAAUUUGUAUUUCUUUAUUGAACAGGUAGAAUGAAAAGAUGUAAACCUGAAGUCUUCUGUUCACACUGUAGCAUCCAAUGUUUAACUCCCCCAGAUCAUUACCUUAUAUUUAGGACAACCAUUGUGUCUGCUGUUAAUUUGCUGGACACAUGUUACAUACAUUUAAAUUACUGAAGUGCUAGCAUGUAAAAAGGAAUUUUAAUUUGAUUAAUAGAAAUUACAAAUUCCUUUUUCUCCUGCCUUUUGAUCUUUUGAGGUGUUGUGAAAGUGGCUGUGACUGCCGCUGUGUCUGCUGCUGUAGCUAAAACUGGACUGCAUUACUGUUAGUGUUCUGAAACCCCUGUGAAGGCAGAACAGUGUCUUGUCUGAAAAGCUGUUGAUAGUUUUACUUAUCCUUAUGGAAACCAGGGACUGGUAUCUUCAUUGUUUUUUUUCUAUUUAUCAUUUUGGGUUUGGUAUCAGGUAGAUAGUUUUAAUUUAAAGGGCUUAAAACAAGAGAUGCACCACUACCAAAGGUUUGUGUGAAUGUUUAUAUAGAGUUUAAAUGUGCGUUCUAUUUUUAAUUACCACUUGUUUCAUGUUGAUUUCCACGUUUAAUGUAAGAGCUGUUAACUUUUGUAUGGACUGUACAACUCACCAGAGCACAAAAGCAGUUAUUCAGAGGGAGUUUGUAUACAGAACUUUUGAUAGGGUUUUUAUUAAAAAUACCUUUUCUACUUGCUGACAAAAGAAUGAUUUAAUAAAU